UAUAAUUUCUCAUAUUUCUCUGGCUAAAUUGUCACAAGUUCGAUUAAAACUUAUACUUUCCACGUUUCCACAGUAGUUUUUUUCAACACAGAACCGAUCCGGAGCAAGUGCAUCAAAAUGUGCGAAGUGCUGCUACCAUGCACGUACCAGCCCAAGGAGUCUUUGGAUGAUGGCCAUACCCCGCUGUUCACCACGUUGCUGCUGAGGUGCUGGCAGCGGGAGUACGACCAGAGACCCUAUCGAGACUUUCGAUUCAAGCGCUUGGAGUUCGAGGAGCGGAUGCGCCGAAAGUUCCACUGCGUCCGGGAUUUCCGGGUCAUUGUGAACUACCUGUUAAGUCGCCGACUGCGCUCGGUGACCAUUACGGGCGUGGUGGUCUCUAACUGGGACGCAAAUCUGCUGAAGGACUUUGUCCGUUCUCUCAUACCCCUGUCGUCCAUUCACCUGAACCUGAUGCGGCUGCCCAGCGAAUUCUUUGCCAUGCUGUGCCUCAAUGCGAAAAAGAUGGACGUAAUGGAGUUAUGUUUGGACGGCACUCCCCUCAGCGACGAAGAUGUGCGUCUCCUGCGGGAGUUCCUGCUGGUCAGCAAAACGCUGCGUGGGCUCUCCGUAAACCAUUGCAGCCUGACCCAAUACAAUUUCGCCCUGAUCGCUGACGGGCUGCACAAGUCGGAAAGAGUGAGCUGCUUCUCGGCCAAUCGGCUGCUGGGCGGCUAUCUCAGUCUGGACACGGAGAAGAUAAUGUCGAUGGUGGGCUCUGUCCUUAUGCAAAAUCGCCUGUGGAGCCUGCGCCUAGAGCUGUGCGAGCUGACCGCCCAGGAUAUGAUACCCAUUGCCGAGCAUUUGGCGCGCCGGAAGUCGAAGCUGCAACAAUUGCGGCUGGCCAACAACAAGAUCGGUCCGGACGGAGUCCUCUUUCUGCUUCGCGGCAAUAUCGACGGUGGUGGGUACCUUGAGCUCCUGGACAUCAGCAGCAACUCUAUUGGUACCCAUGGCGGUGAGUGGGUGGCCAAGUACCUCAGCUUGAGCCUAAUGUUGAAGGACCUGUUCCUAACCAACAACGAUAUUGGCGCAGAGGCCAUAAAUCGCAUUUUGACAUCCCGACGGAAAUGCUGCCAUUUGGAGCGCUUAACCCUCUACGGCAACCACUUUGAUGCUGACUCGGCGAGGAUUGUGCGCCGCCUGCUGGACGCCAAAGUGAUGCUGCAAACCGAGCUGGACAUUACUUUUACUUACGAUGAGGAUCUGCAGGAGUACCGUGUGAUACCCUGGCGUUAGUUUUGGUUGUUAUUAAUAACAUCAAACUUCCUAAAAUAAAAGCUGGAUUGACAGUCCUGUUGCAGCGGCUGGAGCUUUGCCACCACGUGC